AUGGCUGAUUUCAGGAAGAUGGAUGUCAUCAAUUUCACUGCCUUGCCAAUGGUGCCAGUAGAUGAGCACCCGGCUGUCUCAUUCACCCCACGGAAAGCAAUGAAGGAUGCCAUGAGGAAGAAUCUGGAGGACAGUCCACCCUCCUGGCGCACUGGCUCUAUACAGCAGGUGAACCAAGGGAUUGCUGACACAGAUCUGAGUCCCAACCCGUUGGUGCACAGCCUGGCAAUUGAGAAGUAUGAGAUGGAGAAGAAGGCUUUAAAAGGAGAGAGAAGUCACGGCGGCUUGGGAGACAGAGAAAAGAGCGAAAGAAAAUCUCAGUGUAUUUGCAAAGGCUCAGAAUCCAGGAAUGUCAAAUCUUUCAUUAUCAAAAGGAAAACAGCGGACAAAAAUAUGCUGGCAGAGCUGUACCAGUAUCCACAGUUUGACGACUCUAAGCCAAACAGCCUUCCAAAUGGGGUGGACUUCUAUGACAUGGUGGGCAAUGUGAUCCAGGCUGAGAGAAGCCCCCUUAGUGGCAAGUCUUUCUGUUCAGAUAGAGAAUUAGAGCAGUUUCUCUCUUCUCCUUCUGUAAGAGCCAUAUGGCUGGAUAGCUUCUGGUGGAUCUUUCAUGAAAGGUACCAGCCAAAGAAGGAAGUCCAGAGCAAGCUGUUCGACCGGAUAGCCCAGCACUAUGCCUUUCUUUUGUCUGGUGAAUCCAGGUCCCACUACGAAGAGGCUCUCUUAAAAAGGUUGACAUCACUUCUGAGUAAAGCCCUGUACACCAGCUUCUGCUGCUGCUUCCCUCAGUCCUGGUUCAACACUCACGAAUUCAAGUCUGACAUCUGUAACACCAUGAGCCUGUGGAUUUCAGGUAUAUAUCCUUGCCCACACAGCUAUAAUAGCUGGGACUACUCGAAACUGGAUCCAGAGAGAUUCCGGAGAGAAUUAAUGUUGCAGAGAAAAAGACUGCUGAAGGGUAAGGUGCCAGCUAGGGACUUCCGUCCCCUCUGUCCCCUGCCACACCCAGCUACCAUCUAUCUAACGCCCUCGGGGAAAGCAAGGGUGCUCGGCAGGAAGGAGGGACCUCCCAAGAGGCAGUGCUGUCUCACCGUGAAGAAUUCAAUGGAUGGCUCACAAAUACAGAAUACCUCAAAAGAGCGUAAUUAUCAGACUCUAGUCUUGAGGAAAGCAACACAACAAGUCAAAAGGAUAUCAGCAGCAAGAGAACUUGAGAAUAUGCUUCCUAAGCCGUCUUACCCUGCCUGCAAAAGCCCUGAGAUGACUUCAAACCUCUUCAACAUUUAUGGGAAGAGCCCUCUGAUUGUAUACUUCCUCCUGAACUACGCCUCUCUGCAGCAGCCUGGCAAAGACGUGUUGAUGGUCAGGAGGGAAAAAACCAAGAGCAUCCCUGAGUCCGCCCUGACAUACGUUGAGGUCAUCAGCCUGACCCUGAGCAACAUGAAGAAGCGGAGGGACGACCUCCACCAGCUGAACCGGCUUCACUGGAGCGAGUGGAAUCAUUUCAGUGCGUACCUGAAAGAGCUGCACAACAACUUCCUCAGGGAGGUGAAGAGUAUUGAUCAAAGAGCAAAAGACAAAAAACAGGCGAACCACAUGUUCAUCCAGCCUUCAACCUUCAUUGAGGACUCCCCUGAAAAGAAAUCUAGAAGAAGCCAUCAGGGGGAGAUUGUUUCUUUUGAGGUUUGUUUGAACGAAUACCGUGGGAAAAGUAGAAAUGUGAACACUUUAGGAAUUAUUAAUAUGAAGGAAAAGGAGGAGAGGGAAAGAGAAUGGAAACAGAAGUUGAACUACUCUUCCUUCUCACCAUCAAGCCCUGAUGAAUUCUCUUCCCUGGAGCUAGGAAGCCCCUACAAAAUCUCUGAUAUUUCUGCUACCAGGUAG